UGUUGCGGUCCGUUGCCAUGGUGAGCGACGUGCGCUUAGACGCUAGAAACUUGACAGCUCGUCGUCGCAGCCUGGCAAAACAAUUAUCCGCGGACCUCCCGUUGCUCGAAAGAGACGUACACAGCUCCCCGCAGCCUGUUCUGUAGCUCGUUAAAAGUUCCGACUCCUCUCUUCGCCCCUCACACUCGUACGUGUAACUUGACGCGCGACGCCAGCAGUUUUGUCGGCGGCGCAUAGCUUCUCCACUUUGUCCUGGACCGUCACUGCGACGCGUCUCUCUCUUUCUUGUGUUUUCUCGUCGAGACUGUUUGACUGAGAAAGCGCUUUCCGUUUCGCAGGCGUCACGUCGCUUCCUCAGGGCUGGCACCCGAUGAACGGCCCGGUCCAGAAUGACCUCCCGAAACAGCCCGUUGCCGCGCCCCGGACGCCCAAGUCGCCGGCGGCGAGGACGACCAAUUCGAGUACGGCUAAGAGUCCGGUCUUGAACGGAAACCAGGCGCCCAAAGAGCCCCGUGGGAGAUCGCCAAACGCUUCGGCACGAGUGGCAACAGAAAAACUUCGCCAAGAAGCGGCAGCAUUACAGAAAAGGGUGGCGCAGUUCCGUUCGGAGAACCAGGGACUCAAGUCGAAGGUGAAGCGACUCGAGGAGGACUGUGCACGCAAGUCCAGGCAACUGGACAAACUUGCGCAGACAGCCAAGGACAAGGCGGCAGCUGCUCAGGAACAAAAGAAAGGAGAUGACGGCUUGAAGCAAAAGUGUGCCAGGCUUGAAAUGCAGCUCAAAGAAAAAGAAGACAAACUGAAAAAACUUCAGGCCAUCCAGAGACGUUCGUCGGAGACGGCCACGCCUGAGAAACUGCACCCUGCCAGAUCUCGGCUGACAAGCAGUCAGCCGCGAGGGUCGAGUGCCGAGCUCGUGAAACUUCGCGAGCAGAUGGAUCGUAUCAGUCAAGAGAAUCGCCGACUCACUUUCCAGCUAAAGGAAAAAGAACAAGAAAUUCGCCGGCUGAAAUCUCAGCUGCAGCCAGCGGCACCGGCGAAAACGCCCGUGAAGACACCGACGAGAACACCGACAAAGACGCCACCAAAAACACCACCAGUGCCGAGCCGUGGCAGUGGCCAGAAGCCAGCCAGCUCGAAGCGAGCCGGGUCGGCUGCCACCGAGCCGCGCAAGAACGUCGCCACGGCCAAGCGCUCAAACACCUUCAGCGUCACCCGAGGUCCCCCGCAGCCGGACGACAAAACAGAGACAUCGGAAAUCACGGUUGAGUCGAGAUCUACGCCCGCGAACUACAAGCUGCAGCAGUCGUCGGCAAGCAGCAACAGCAAGGAAACGUCGGCACCAGCAGCAGCAGUAGGGAGUUCCAAACCGACUGCCACGGUUAAACCAGCCGGAUCUAAUCCGCUGCCGGAUGCAAAGGCCGAAGCGAUCCGGCGCCAGCACGCCGCAAGGAAGAUUCAGCGGGUGUGGCGGCAGCACAGACGGCGAGCGAGUGCAGCAUCUCUGACAGCCUCGAAGUCCUCCAAGCUCUCGGAGAACUCCAACCUAUCGCAAGACUCCCAGAUGUCAUCGAAGGCAAAGCCAAUGGAGCACAACUAAAAGGCCUCGAGCUUUAAAACAGCCAACCAGGAAAGAAGCGGAUACAGUUUUUUUUUCUUUCGUUAUUCCUUCCUGUAGUUUCGUACAGUAGAGCAUAUGAGUUCUGUUCCAUCGUGUCAAUGAAGGUCACAACUUUGAUGUAGUAAACUUUGCUGCAACUGUUUUUCCAAGUGCAUUUGUCUCGUGUACACAGGUGUGUGUGCGCGCGCGAAGUGUUAUCGGCAGCACGUUAUUUUGAAAUGCGGACAGACAUUUCUUGAUCUCUACUGUGUUGGAACUUGAGGUAACUGUAUUGAGGAACUGUUGGCGAUGAUUCCUUAAUGUAUUUUGUUUCGUCAUGUGCUCCAGUAACUUACUCGUCAGCGAGACUUGUGGGAUAAGCACGAGUCCCGCCCUUAUGACAACACAUUCCACAUUGCCGUGAAGCUGUGACGAGCUAGAAUGAGUUAGAAAAACACUGUGCAUUGCCGUGAAGUUUCUUCAACGCUUCAAGAACAGCAAUGACAGUGCUGAGGAUGGUAUAUGUGCUUGAGCAAAUCGUGAGAAACGUUUGGUCGAGUUUUGCUUCUGUGAACAGUGAUACCGGUAAUUACGAUGCCGUACCGAAUUGUUGUGGCAUGGGUUUGAAAAUUUGCUGAUUCCUUUUGUAAGAACAGUGAUGAAUGUAAAAUUAUCACACAGUAUGUGCGAAAAGUGUGGCAUUACAAAAAAAAAUAGAAGCUGUGUUCGAAAUGACAACACUAUUAUGUGCCCUAUGUUCAUUGCUUGAGAGUUAUACUGUUAAAUGCCAAUGCAGCUUGUACAAAAAAGCUACCUUGCAACAUUUCAUCAAAGGGCUGUAUUAAUCAUUUUUCUUUUUCAUAUUGAGAUUUGCUAUGUGGUGCUCUGUUGAUACUCCUUACGUGGUUAUUAAUAUGACAUUGAAGUCACAUUUCGUUCAGUGUGCACUCUGUGUGAGCAAAGCAGUUCUAAUGCUUUCAAUAUGAGUAGAAAGGUCACAGAACUGUGAAGGUGAUGCAAGCUUGUUUCUUGUUGAUGCAAUGCACACAACUAGUAUCGCUGAUGUAAAGUGAAGUUGGGAUGUACCAUCGUGUAUUAUUUACAUCACAAUUCAGAAUACUCAAUUCUUUGUAGGUGGUAUGUAGGGUAGCAUAACGUUUCCAUAGAAACUUGCAUUUAAAUGAAUUUCAUUUCGUUUUUUAUGCAAGCAUAAAUUUAUUGCUUGUAUGUAAUUAAGUUUGUUGAAGUACAUGUGCUCAUGCAUGUUUUGUAGUAAGCAAUGCAAUACUCACUUGCACCAUUGUUCACAAUUAAACAAAAGAGCGCAACACGCAUUAUAGAUCUUUUGGGGACUAAGGGCAUCUGGCAAACUCUGGACUGCGUCUUCAAUGCCAAUUCUUCUAAAAGAUAUCCUCGAUGUGAUUUUCGCUUCUAAAUAUGCUAGUGAAAAGAACUCCAACAAUACUUAAGAGCAGAAUGUUUCCAAUGCCAGCGAGUGUGACGUUACAGGCGUCUUUCAGUGUUAUUUAUGUGCGUAACGCAAGCGACGAGUGCAGUUCCCGACAAUCAAAUACUGCUUUUGGCAACACAUCCACCCCCUUCACUAUGUUUGAAGUGGUAAAAUGCAACAGGAUCACCCUGUUGAACUACAGCAUUGGCGUGGCCUUCAAGAGUGCUUCCGUAAUAUCGAUGUUCACCAUCAGAAGGUGCCAUAACCUUGUGUUUUAAUCAUUACCUCAAGCUCACAAGGCUGAAGUGAACGCCUGCCUAGUCUGCAGAAGGGUGCGACAUUGUGGAAUGCUUGCAAAUACAAAAACACCGCCCCCCUCAGUAGAAUUCUUGAAACUCUGUUGGUGUUCUUAAAAGCCAAUUAAAGACAGCUAUCAAAUGUUCCCUUGCAUUAUGAUUACAUUAGUGCCUGGUGUAGUCGCGUGAAGUGGCACGCCGGCAACACUGUCUGGUGCUGUGAACAUCCGAUACAAUCUUAUUUCAAUACGAGGGCAUUACUUGGCUGAUUGCCCGGCCUCGCUGUCAGUGGAAAAUGGUGGCGGAAAAGCGGCACACAAUUUAGUCAUCUGUGAAAGACUGCACGUGGUUAUACAGAAAAUGUUAAAAGGGAAUGUUGGUCGGUAGACGAUUGAAUAGGUGGCCUCCUAGGAUGCUACAGGGAAGUGACGGGAGUUCCAUUUCAUCAAACCACCAGAAACUGUCAAACAUGCAAGAAACAGGAAGAUUUGGAUUAGCUACACGAUGUCACUCUACUGUAAAACACCAUCCACGAGCUCUGCAACAUUUAGCCACAUCACUCAGCUCAACGACAUGACCAAGCGAGAAGAGAUUGUCUCGUAUUCACAAAUCUUAAAAGGUACCAACACAAAAUUUCACGACUGAGAUAGCCUGCAGGAACGAUUCCCGCGAAGAUGCAUAUAUCAUCUGCAAAAUGUCAAUGAAUAUAACUUCGAAGGUAUUUUAAAUACAUCAUUGACGUGCAGCAUAGCUUGGAAAUUUUGAACUUUGUGUGAGUGAUAGACUCCAUCACGCUAUUGCUGCAGCAAGUUAUGAUGACGUUAUAGCCCCCAUUUUUCUUUUUGGUCGCAUUUGCUCCAGCAGACUAUUACUCGGUAGCUGCUUGCGAGUCCGUGGCCGUGGUGCUAGAGUCGAAGAUUUUGGGUUUGAUGACAUUGCUGUCCCAUUUCCUGUUUGAAAAAUCUUUUUGAUGUGAACCGCGUGGAAGUGCGUCACAUUUCUGCGUGCUGACAUGGUCGAGCGUUGUGCCUGCUAAGUGGCGAUAGUUGCACCUGGUGGCUUGUCGUAUUUGAAACAGAAAGUGAAACUGUUCAGUAAUAACGAGCCUGCAAUUGAAACUUUCGAAACAUUGUAUAUCACUUUUGUUGCCAACAUGGAAGAAUGCCAGGCAUUCCACAUACUACUCUUCCAGUACAGAUGAGCCUAGCCUGUCCUGGCCAGUUCAAUGUUGGCCAAAAGAUUUUGAUGUGGCGUUGAAAUGACAAGUUAUGUGUGAUUAUUUGAAUCUAAUCGUACAAAAAUAUCAGUUUUGCAAGUCUACCAAACACCUAUGUACUACUGUACCUCAUUUUUUUUCACUCAAACAACUGUGUACCGAGUGUCAGCAACAGAACUUCAGUGCCAUGUAUUCGUCCGUGUAAUGACAAUAAAGCCUGUUGCACUGUGCUG